AUGGACGCGAUCGAACAAUCUACACAGAAUGCGCGGGCGCAUUUGACACAGGUCCCAGUCGCCCAGCUUUCUCCAGACCUUGCGCAACCGAGCGAAAAGUUUAUUGUUGCUGUUGUAACGCUUAUUUGGCCAUACUCGUCCUCGAAAAAGUCUCUGAGCCUUUUGCUGGCAGAGCCAGAUGCCCGCCUACGACGACCGAACGGACAAGUGAGAGCCACAUUUCAUGGACGCGUCGCGCAGAAGAUCGCAGAGUCGCAUGUUGGAAUAAGAGAUACAAUCCAUCUUUCUUUGGCAUACGCCAAGUUUAUUAGCAAUGAAGCUGUUACGCAGACACCGGGGAGGUCUGUCGCGUGGGAUGCACACUUUGAAGAUGCUGUGUCUCUCGAGGUCCACCGGUCUUCCGAGCCUCCGUUAACGAUCAGCGUUGAGCCACAGCCGACUGUGCCAUCUCAUGUCGAACUCGCACCUCCGUCGACCCCCGUUCGCCAAACGGCCAAGCAUGGAUUGGAAACAGUGUGUGGCAUGGGCUCUUGGGGAUCGCCGGCAUUUAUGCAAUCCGCUCGGGACUCAUUUGGAGGAUUAAUCGAUACGUCGCGUGACCCUUUUGCAGACGAUGGCUUUGUGCCCGGAACAGGAAGGAAGCGCCCGCGAUACAGCUUACAACGGGAGGAUUGGCGGCUGGUCGACGAGUCUGAGAGCUCAGUCGACAAAGAAGUUCCCGUGGAUUGGUGGGAACAGACUUUGGAACAUGAACUUAACGCGGAGGAUGCGAAUGGUCAACCUUCAGAUGAGCCGAUGGCAGACGCUGCUCCUCUAUCCGAUUCGGAGAAUGCACCCCUUUCUGUAUCGGUGUUUGCAAAGCCUUCUCUUGAACUAACGGGUAGCAUCAUUGAAAGGCGUGCAGGCGAGUCAAACAACAAUGCCUCUCAGGAAUCAUCUGAUAUCCCCGGCCAAGGACCUCCAGCUUUUCCUCUUCCAACCGACACACCACAAAUCCGACCUAUCCCCUCUCCUGGGCUUCCGAUUCCCUCGCCGCUGGUAUCAAAUCACGCCAAUUCCACUGAAUAUUUCACUUCAUGGUCUGCGUCUACGCAAACCGAAGAGAUUCGUUCGGUUCCUGCGGAGACAGCUUCCAUCGCAUCACCUCCUGAAUCUGCCUUUGAGACUCGGGAGAUCCACGAGUCCAACAUGACGGACGAGACUCCUUUCAUCGAAUCUCUUGAACCACUUGUAAUGGAGCCGAUCGAGUCAAAUAUUGCAUCUCUUCAAGCGGAAGCCGUUCUUGAUACUGAUUCUCUACUUCAUGACAUCUUGGCACCGUCUACAGGAUCAGAAGAUCUACCGAAUGAAGUAGAUAUUGAGACAAUCGAGUCCCCGUCAACCGUAAAUGAACCAAGCAUUGCUCAGACCGAUGUUGAGAUCAGAAAUGACGACGAAGUUAAACAGCCAAGUGAAGAUAAACGCCUCGAACUGCUUUCUGUGGGAGACCGUGAUCUCCAACGGGAGGAUGAAGACAUUCACGAGAAUAUGCAGGCUGUUCAGCCGGAAGGCGAGAUUGAUAAUGAGGAAGAUUCCUUGUCAGAUUCCGAAAUGGAGAUUCAGUCAAGUGGCCAACCACAUUCGACAUCUGUCCUGGAUGCGAAUAAAGUCAAAAAAACUGAACCCACUGCGAAGCCCCCUGGGGACCUCGACAGUGGAGAUGAAGCCGGUGCUUCAAUCGAGUCUUUAAGUGUUCCUCGCUCGCGCAGUCAAAGUUACGCUGAAGAAGAUGUUGAAAUGGUAGAAGGAGAAGAACAGUACGAUGAAGAAGCCGACGAUUACGAAUCACAAUAUGACUACGAUGACGAUGAGGACCACCAUGUGCCCCGUUUAGGCACACGACUAGAACAAGAAGAAUUUAGCGGCGAUGAAGCCAAUGUCGACAAUUCCACUGACGAGGACUCAGAACAAGAACGGAGCUUCCCCUCACGCCCUGAGACGCAAGAAGUAAUCGUGCUCGACAGCGACAGCGAAGAUGAACCUGCUCCUAGUCACCCGGCCGUUUCCACUUCUCAAUCCCCUGAUGAAAAAGACCGUUCACAGAGUCCUCGAUAUGACCAGUCUAUACAAAUGUAUGCUGAUAGAGCGGAGAGCAAUGAGGAAUCUUCCGGCAGCGACCAGAGUGAAAAGAUUGAUGAAGCGAACGCCUAUGAAUCAGAUGACCAAGAUGAUCGGGUGCAUGACAGCGACAAGGCUGGUGAAUCAUCAUUUGAGGGAUUUUCGGGAGACGAAAAUGCCCAGGGUGAUGAACAGGAAAUAGCAUUAGUCGACCUGGAACAGAAUCACGAUGUUCCGAUGGCAGAAUUGGAGCACGAAGAGCAAGAUCGAGACUCUGAUUUGAUAGCUGGCAUCGAGUCAGAGAUGGAACAGGUAGCAGAUCAAAGCUCUGACGAGGAACAACCUGGUGAUGCUUAUAGAAGUGUGCCCGAUGUACCUGAAGCUAUUGAUCAGCUACCACACCAAGAUAAUGAGAAUAUGGCCGAUCCUGUCGUACUCUCCGACACCGAAAAGAUUGAUACAUUCUUCGACAUGGACGGCGCGUCUGAUACAGACAUUUCUCUUUCAUUUGAAGAGGAUGCAGCCGACUUUAUAUCAGCGCCCGAACAACCCAUCGAAACCACUGAGAUCACCUACCUUGAUCCUCAAGUCGAGCCCUUAACGCCAGAAAUCAUCGUCUCUCUAUCCGAGCAACAACUUCCAACUCCAGAUCCUACCCAAGAAUCUGCAUUGCCUAAUCAAAGGGGCGAACCCAAGACAUCCCUCACAGGUGAACAAAAUGAACAGCUGGACCUUGAUGCACAUUUCCCCCAUAUGCGCGCCGCCGGUUCGAUUCCCCCGGAAAACAUUGAGGAUGUUCCUGCGCCAGAGAACGCGCACGACCCUCUGGAAAAGGAGUUCGGUCUCGACGGUGCCACAGAUUACCCAAGCGAACGCCAACCCUUGGAGGUUGUCAUCAGCACCGAAGCUCCAGAAACACCGGAAGUAGUCGUGACAGAGCCGCAGCCUUCAAAUCCCGAUCGCAAUGCCCCUGGAUUACGCAGCAAAUAUUCCUAUUUCGCUCCCCUCGCCACACUCAUCGAUCACUACAAUGCUCUGGUAGACACUAUCUCAAUCGUCCACGAAGUUUCCCCAAUCGCCAAAGCCAAAACAGGAUCAAAGGAUUGGUUCAUGACUAUCCAGCUGACAGAUCCUUCCAUGGCUGGCACAACUCUCCAAGCCCAAAUGUUCCGACGCUACAAAUCCACCUUCCCAUCUUUAUUCGAAGGCAACGCCGUUUUACUACGUGACUUCAAAGUCCGAAGCUUCAACCACACCAUCAUGAUAGUCAGUGCAGAAACCAGCGCCUGGGCUGUCUUCGAUGGAUCAAGUCCAGAUGCACAGGUAAAGGGACCUCCUGUCGAAUAUGGCUCAGAGGAAAGUGAAUACGCGUUAGAAUUGCAUCAGUGGUAUACGGACAUGGGUUCUGCUCGCAUUGCGGAUCAUCAGCUUCAAGCUUCCAUCGAGAGGGAAAGCAUGGAUCGUGAAACGUGGGUUACUUCUCAGCCGCCGAGCGAGUCCGAAAGUCCGGAUUCUACCCGGAGCUCGAGACGCACUCGUAGGGGACGACACAGCGGACGGGUUACUAUUCAUUCGCUGAGGGAUGGUACUCGUUAUAUCGAGGUUGGGUCUCCGAAUAGUCGGGGUAGUGAUAGCAUUCAUGAGUUGCGGGAUGGGACUGUGUAUUCCAACCCGUGA